UGCUUAUUCCUCAUGUUCUAUUUCUAAAAUUAUUGUCUUCUACCCCAAAUUGCCUAUAAAUUUCAGAAUAAGAAAAAGAUUUUUUUUCAGGAGAAUUUUAUUGUUUCUACCUUGAAUUGCAAUCUCCGGCCGUCGUUCGCCGGAGUCUACAGGUUUUCUUGCAGUUCGCAUUAAUUUGGAAAAUGAGCGGCGCAGGGGAGAAACUGUCAGGCACUAAAACUCCGGCAGAUUUUCUGAAAUCCAUACGCGGACGACCUGUGGUUGUUAAAUUAAACUCCGGUGUCGAUUAUAGAGGUAUCCUUGCUUGUCUGGAUGGAUAUAUGAAUAUUGCAAUGGAACAAACAGAGGAAUAUGUGAAUGGCCAGCUGAAGAACAAAUAUGGAGAUGCCUUCAUUCGUGGAAAUAAUGUACUCUACAUCAGCACAUCAAAGGGAACCUUGGCUGAAGGAGCUUAGCUUUGUGAUCUGUCAGCUAUAUUGUAACCGUGACUUGCCCAGAAAAGUUCCUGCAAAAUGCUGCAGCAUCUGUAAUAUCUAUACAUAAUGAUAGCGUUCCUUUUGAAAUGUGGUUCAGUCUCUGCUUAUUUUGAAUUGUAGAAUGGUAACUGGUUAUUCCAAGGUAAUUAGUUUUUAUUGCUGUAACAAAAACAGUCAGAAAAAUAUUUGACCACGAUGUAGUUGAAAGUUGAAACUGUCCUUAUUUCAAA